AUGGAGAAUAUAGAUAACCAAAGAUUGUUAGAUGUCCUCUCAAGCAUUCUAUCUUUGACCCAAAGUGAUGACGACAGGAAAACUUCUAUCAAGGAUAAUAUAAAUAUAAUUUUGACAAAUUCACCUUAUUCAUUCAAGGAUGAAUCCAUUGACAAUAUAGCCAAACUUGAAUCCUAUGUAGAAGAAUCUAUGAUAACUUUCUUUAUUACUUAUAACACAGAUAAUAGUUUUAUUUUUUCCAGCAUUGACAAUUGGCUGAAUUUACUUAGUUUAUAUCCAACUACAUCGAUUAACGAUUAUAUUAUUGCAUUACAAAUCAUUAUAUAUCUUACAAAUGUCUCAUUUAUCAAUAGGCAAGCAUUAGCAUAUCAACCAAGCAUUAAAACAAUAUUAUUUGAACACAUAUCUGGAAAAAAACAGUCCAGUAACCAAACUAACAUAUAUUGCCCUAUCAUUCAAUAUCAACUAACGGAAUUAUAUGCCAGUAUAUUAUCGCUUAACUGUAGGCCAAGAGAGAUCGUAGAUAUUUAUGAUAAAGUUUCAGCAGUUUUCAAGCAUCAGUUAUUGACUACAUUAGGGAACCAUGUAUCAGACCCUUUGCUACAAAAUUAUCUACAGUUUGAAAACUCAACGUUACCACUCAACCCAAUAGACCUACUGUGUGAUGACACAAUAACUUUACAGUUGUAUAUUGAAUUUGGCAAUGUAGCCUCUAAUAGAUUUUUAUCAUUAGGGGAUAAAAUGUUCUUUGAAAUUAAUCAAGGGAGAUUUACCAUUUCGAAUUUUAAUGGGGUGAUCGAGAGUAUAUGUGAUUAUGAGUUUGAAAUAGAAAAAGAAUACUUAUUAAUCAUAGAGAUUAGCAAUGAGAAAGUUACUUUUUAUACGGAGGGAAAUUACAUAAAUAGUAUAAUCUUACUUCGUGAAACUUCAACAUUGAAUUAUUCGAUGGAAUUAACAAUAGGGUCGAUGAUUUGUUCGUUUAAGUUAUUCAAACUUUACGUUUGGAAAGUUGAACUCCCAAUAGAAGUAAUAAAGAUGAUGUACUUAUUAGGACCACUAUAUCAAAACUCAUUUAUGAUACCAUAUGAUUAUAAUGGAAUCCACUCCAGUAUUGAUUCAAGUAUAUUUAGGGAAGUAUAUCAAGAUUCUGAAGUAGCCAGCUACACUUCUUAUAAUGAUUUCUUGAAUAGAUUGAAAAUAUGGGACACUAAAUUUCUUCUAAUUGAUCUAGAUAUAGAAAACUUGAUUGGAAAGUAUCGUAGUGACUGGUUCCUUUGUAAAUUUAAUUAUGAUUCAGAGGAUAUCCUUGGAAAAUGUUAUUAUUAUCAUAAUUCAAAUAUUGCUUCAGUAUUUCAUUCAAUUAAUUACAUUGAAUUUACUAUUUACUCUAUUGAAUCAAGUAAAAAUUGGGACGAUAUAUAUGAUAGAACUGAAGAGUUAGUAAUAUUAUUGAGGGAACCAACAUUGUUAAAUUGGUUUGCCAUUGAAAACGGGUUUUCCAUUUUAAGUCAUACCUUAUAUAUGUGUGUUAAAAAGUACCUGCAUGGCCUCCCAAUCCAGUUUAUGAAUCUCUUUCUGAAUAACUUUUGCACAAACUAUGAAUUACAGGAAAAUUUGUUAAUAAAAAACGAAUAUGCUUAUGAAACACUUAUACUAAAUUUUGAUUUAUGGUAUUACAAGUCAGAAGAGGAUUUGAUAAAGAGUUCUGAACUUGAAUUAUUGAGAUUUGUAUGCUUCCAUAUACACAUUCUAAUUUCAUCAUCUAAAUAUUCUGUCCAUAACAUGAAUAUUCUGCUGAAAUAUAGUAUCAUAUCUAGAUUGCUCUCUUUCCUUCACAAUAAUCCAACCAUUGAAUUAUCUUUACUUUAUGAUGAUAUUAUUUCAAUGAUAAAUCCUAUAUUAUACCAUGGAAUGUCUCAUUCUAAGUUGAAAAUGAUAUUAGAUUUUUCUUUCCUAGAAUUAGAAAAUGGAAACCCUAAUAAUAGUAUUUUAUGCGAAGGCUUAAUUGAUAGUGUCUUGAAAACUUCAUUGGUUAAUUCAAAUGCAGCUUGUGUGGCCUUAGUCAAUGAGAUUAUUCAUCCAAGAACCAUCUUAUUAUUGAUGAACGAGCAGGUAAAACAUGGAUUGAGUCCGACACGUUCAUCGCAGAUAUUGGCGAGAUUAUUUUCCUCGAACAGGGCAUUGUUUGUAAGUUUUGCAAAAAGUAACGGUAAUCUUCUUUUAUUGCAUAUAUUUACAAUUUCUCCAGAACAAUAUUAUUUAGAUAUUGUUUAUUCUUUAUUUCUAUCCUCCGUUGGGUUGAAUGAUUUUCCAAUAGACGAAAUGUCUCAUGAUUACUUUUCACUCCCAAAACAUAUCAGCAUUACGUACCCAGAAUAUAUUUUCUUAAGUCUUACUUUCUUAGAUUGGAUCGUAUUUAAUAAUACAAAUUCUAAAAAUCUGGCUAGGUUAGAUUGUUUCGCCCAAAAAUAUUGUUUACAGAUUUCAAAUAACAACUUAUCUUCAGUUCAAUAUCCAUUCAUGAAUAAUGCUAUUCGUCCUCAAGUAAUAAAAAUGUUAACACUUUUGUUGCAGCUUCAUAUUUCAUUGGAAUGCCCAAAGAACAAAGGUCACUGUUUUGAUUCAGUAUUGACAACACGGAAUAUCAUUGCAUCAUCGAUCUAUGAAACAAUAAGUGUGGUACCUAACUCAGUAUUUGAGGAUUUAUUAACAAGUAUAAUGUUUCCUAUCAAAAGUAUUAUGUUAGAUGAAGAAGAACUGGCACACGAUAGUUACUUAGAUCUCUCGUUUUUUUAUAGUAUUCUUCCGAUUAUUUUUGAUAAAAUAUUGAAAAAUGGUACUAUUACAACCUGUACGGCAUUGGUGCAUUCAAACAUUGUUACUUUAUUAAAUAUAUUUUUAAAUUAUUUUAUGACAAUUAAAGUGGAAUCUUCGUUCCUUCUAGAUACCUUUGAUAUCUUGGCACAGUGUGUUCAGAAAAAGCCUAAAAUGAGUAUUUUCAACUUUCACAACAGUAAAAACGAUAUUGAUAUUGAUCACCUGUUUUCUAAAUUCUCUUAUUUGAUAAUUUAUCUCCAACUUACGAAACAGUUGAAAUGGGAUAAGAACGAGGUGAGUAGAUUUUGUAUCAUUUUAGAAUCGAGUAAUUCGAUAAUAUUCUCUAAAAAUCGUAAUAUUGGAAGCUAUACUCUGACAGCAAUGUAUUAUAUAUUUCUCCAAUGUCAAUUAAAUGAGCACACUUAUAUUCCUAUUGUAUGUCACACAAUAAGGUCAAUCCUGAAAUUUAAAGAAAACGAUAUCAGUCAUGUUAUUAGUAUUCUUGACCCAAUGCAUAAAAGUGAAUUGGAAAAUUCCUUUAAAAUAUUACUACAAUCUAAAGGAGAUGAAGGAUUUGCAUAUAUUCUAUCUCUUGAUGAAUUUCUUCUGAACGAUUCCAAAAUAUCACGAUUUUUGAAUUUAUGUAAGUCCGAAGCUUCCAUAUUGUCUAAUAGGCUUUCGUAUGAUGGUGAUAAACUUUCAGAUAAAGUAUAUAUCAACAAAACUAAAGACCAAAAAUAUUUACAGAAUAGUAUUAAUAUACUAUAUGAUGAUUUUAUAGAAAAGAACAAAAACAUGAGAAAGAAUUUUGUUAUAUCCGGUAAUAAAGCGAUGAUUGAUUUACUGUCAGAUAUUGAAGAAGAAUCAAAUUAUUAUACCAAUAUAUUUUAUAGGAUUAGAACCAACUUUACACAUGUACAUGAGGUUCAAAAUAAUAAUACCCCAAAGAUUUUAUGGAGAUUAGAUGGUGUAGAAAAUAUCAAUAGAGCAAGAAGAAAGCUACUCCCAGCACACGCUUACAGUAAUGAUGAAACUCUACUGAUUUCAAGUGCAGUUACUGGGAGGGAUCAUAUUGGGGACUUUAAUGAGGAAACUUUAACCGAUGUAGCACUCGGAAAAGAUAUCACAAAUGCUAACUACGAAAAUGGGCUCGAUAAUUUAAACCUCAACAAUGAAAACAGAAAAAUUUUGAAAAUAUUAAAAGAUUCAGAUGCUAUAAAAGCCAUAUGGAAUACAAGUCUGGUGGUUGGAUUAGAUCUACGAGAAGGUAUAUUGAUUCUUGGUCAUAAAUAUUUGUACUUUGUGAGCAAUUAUUACUUUUCCAACAUCGAAGGUAAUAUAAUGAAAAUUAAUGAUGUACCAAAAUCUUAUAGGGAUGUCGAUAUUGGUUUGAUCAUUAAUCAUUUUGAGUCAGCUCAGUUGGAAUCAAAUAAGCCUAUUGAGGUUAAUAGUUGGAGAUUAGAACGACUGGCCUUUGUUACCAAAAGACCAUUUUUACUUAGAGAUGUUGCUUUAGAGAUAUUGUUUGAUAAUAAUACCACUUUAUUUUUUAGCUUCAAAAAGAGUUCCAUUAGAGAAAAAGUGUAUCGCUUAUUAACCAAGGUAAGUAAGCCACAUUUUUUGGAUCCAUUAUAUGCACAUGUUUUGGAAGAAUUGAAUGAUCGAAGCAACAUGAUUGGAACGCAGAAUGGUAUUGCUAAGAUAAGUUUAACUACAAGAUUUGUUAACGUAAUGACACCUACUACUAAAAACAAAAAUAUGUUCGAGGUUACAGAUUUAUGGAGGAAAGGUAAAAUUUCCAAUUUCUAUUACUUGAUGGUAAUAAAUACGCUAGCUGGACGAUCAUUUAAUGAUCUCACCCAGUAUCCGGUAUUUCCUUGGGUGAUUUCAGACUAUACAAGUGAAACACUUGACUUAGAAAAUAAAAACUCAUUUAGAGAUUUAUCAAAGCCCAUGGGUGCACAAGGCGAUAAAAGGAAAAUGGGUUUCAUUGAAAGAUUUAAUGCAUUGAAGGCUGUAGAUGACCCAUUCGCCCCACCAUUCCAUUAUGGUACACAUUAUUCCUCGGCGAUGAUUGUUUCUUCAUAUCUAAUCAGAUUGAAACCAUUUACAGAAUCUUUUAUUUUAUUACAAGAUGGAACAUUUGGACAUCCUGAUCGUCUUUUUAAUUCAAUUGCGAGGACCUGGAGAUCAGCAGCUCUGGAAAAUACGACAGAUGUGAGAGAACUAGUACCUGAAUUUUAUUUUCUUCCUGAAUUUCUACUUAAUAUUAAUAAUUACGAUUUUGGCACGAACCAGCAAGGACAAAACGUCAACGAUGUAAUACUACCUCCUUGGGCCAAUGGUGAUCCCAAGAUAUUUAUAGCCAAAAACAGAUGCGCACUAGAGAGCCCUUAUGUUUCUAAACAUCUUCAUGAAUGGAUCGAUUUAAUUUUUGGAUACAAACAAAAGGGUAAAUUGGCAGAGGAACAUAUUAAUGUUUUUAGUAAGAUGAGUUAUCCUGGUGCUAUCAAUUUGGAAAAGAUUGAUGAUGAAAAUGAAAGACGUGCUGUCGCUGGUAUGAUCCAUAAUUUUGGACAAACACCUUUACAAAUAUUUCAGGAUGCCCAUCCUGAACGGAUAGUCUUGCAGUCCAGUGCAUUUGAUUUUGCUGCUCUACAGGAAUUGACAACAAUUCCAAGAAUUGAAAAUAACAAUGAACUUUUGGAUCCCUCGGCAUACUUGGUUUAUCUUAAUGAUAUGAAAUUCCAUACUUAUUCAUUUUCGAAAUUUUAUGUUAGUGGCAAAUAUCCGGAUUAUUUGGUUGAAAGAAUAGGUAGUGAAUCAAUUUUAAUUGAUGGUACUAAAUAUAGAAAUAUACAUUUGAGUGAAUUAACAGCUUGUGUACCAUGGGAAAAUGGUAUAUUUAUUACAGGUGAUGUCAAUGGACUAAUAAAGUUGUGGACAAUCAGUGGUAAAGGUAUUUCUGACCUUCAACUAACUCACAAGACCACCUUGCAUGGUCAUCUUCACGGCAUAGUAUCGAUUCAAAUAUACCCUGAAUAUUACACGAUGAUCACAUUGGAUUCUCAUGGGAACAUAUUUGCAUGGGAUAUGAUAUCAAAUGAAUUAAUUCGUUGUGUCCAUAGGGAUGCCAAAUUAGUGACUGUUUCAUUACUUCACGGUUCAAUGUUAAUCUUAACAAUCAAUAAUAAAUUAAAAAUGUGCAAUAUCAACACCCUAGAUUACACCAAUAUAAAAGUUCCAGAAGAAUCUAAAAUAACGAGUUUCCAAUUUUUAGACUUUAAGACACAGGAUCCAUAUGCUGGUCAUAUGUACCUGGAUCAAUUAGAAAUAGUAUGUAUAGGAUACAACGAUGGAACUAUAAGAAUAUUUCAACUUACGAUAAAUCAAUGUAAUGAAUGGGAAUUAAAAAUUUUGAAAACACUGAGAGUUAAAAGUAAGUCCCCAAUUACUACCGUAAAGGCUGUGACAGAUGUCACGUACAGGAUACCACAAGAUGAUACGUCGGGGGUAUUCGCACCAACCCUUACAAGUUUACAAAUAGCCUGUGGUACAGCAAAUGGAGAACUAUUGACUUGGAAAUAG